CGCUGGUUAACGGCAGCCUGGUUGCUAGACGACUCAAUCUGCGACGCCGACGAGAAAUCAGUAACCUCUGUACCGAAAGACAGCAGCAUUUUAACAGUUUUAAGGAAGCUAUGCUCUACAGCCCACGUUACCGUAUGAACUGCUUAUUAUUAAGGAAAGUUAGCUGUCCCAAAACACGUAAAUUCCCAGUUGUAGCAUAGCUAGCGUCUCUUUUGUUGCCCCCCUGUGUAUUUUUUAGCAAGAGAGGAGGCGACGUGAAGUAAGAUUUGGGAGUUGGGAAAAGAUGACCGAAUUAGAAGUGGGAAAAGUCGAGUUUUCCAACCUAACAUAACAUUUAUUUACUAGCGAUGUUCAGUGCCAAUGCUAAGAUGUCUCUUCAGGCGAGUGAUGUCCAAACAGAUGAAGACUACGAGGAGCUGGUUGAGGAUGGCUUCUCGCUCCCUGCUGAUGUUCCAGUAAAGAAAACGAAAAAGAAAGUCUCUUCUGGCAAGCCUCCUCCUUCUCCAGGGUCUCCAUACCUUACCAGUCUGAAUGUGAAUCACAGGAGAGCAGCAGUGGGUGCUUGGAGACUACCAAGGGCCUCUCUGGGGGACACCAGAUUGGACACUCCCGGGGAGACUGGCCCAGCUCGCCUUACUUCCCUCAGCAACGGCCUUGAUGUGUCUCAAACUCUGAGAUCAGAGUGUGACGCCACACCGGAGCUCCUCAUGCAGACCCUGAGCACGAGGAAAUCCAAACAUCUCCGCUCUGCUUCCAACGGUUUGACUUUAGUUACAAGUGAUUUCAUGAAGAAGGAGGACAUGUACGAUGAGAUCAUUCACCUCAAGAAGAGCCUUCAUGAGCAGAAAUCUGACAACCAGCAAAUGAAAGCCAAACUACGACGCCUGGAGGAAGAUAAUGCCAAGAGAGAGAAACAGAUAGAAUCACUGUUGGAUCCCACUAAGGGAUCUGAAUAUACGCGUAGUUUGGUAGAUAGGAAAAGAGAAGGGAGCGUGGUUAUCAAUGGACUGAGGCAGAGGAUCCUAAAGCUGGAGCAGCAGUGCAGAGAGAAAGAAAACGCCCUGAGAGAGUGGAGUAAACAGAGACUGUUGAGACGGCUGUUGGAGGUGGAGAAGAGGCUGGAAGACAGCAAAAGACACGCCCAGUCACCAAAGAACACCAUCCUAUUGGAUAAGGAAGUCCAGACCACACUCACUGAGAGUCUGGCGUUUACCAUGGCAACAGAGGCAGUGGUCUCCGGGGGAACGCUCACUGAUGAAAGGGAGGAGGUUUCGGAGUUGAGGGAACGCUCGAGCCAAUUGGAGGAGGAGAAAAUGGCACUUGAAGAGUUGCUGUCAAGUAGAGAUGAUGAAGUGAAACAGCUGAAGACUGAAAGAGAAAAACUAGAGAAAGCGACAAAACAGUGGAAAGCUGAACAGAAAAAACUACACGAUGAAGAGAGACGGCAGCAUAAACAGGAGUUGAAACAGUUGCGAACUCGGAUCCAAACUCUGGAGGAGGAAAACAGUAAACUUGCACCGGCUGAGCUUUCCUCUCUUCCUCCCACAUUGGCAGAGGAGACUCGAGGCAGCACAGGUGUGAGAGAGGGAGAGGAGAGGGACACGGGGAGCAAAGAGGAGGCAGAGGGAGGUGAGGAAUCAGUCACAGGUGACGGAGAGAAAGAAGAAAAGGAGAAAGCAGCAUUAGACAUUCAGAUAUGCUGGAGGGAGCACAGAAACAGGGACACAGUGAUGCUGCAGUCAGCUUUAAGAGGCCACCUCUUCAGAGACUCACAGCUGAAGGAGCUACCGGAAGAUGCACUGAAUCAGGUUGAAAAAUCCUCAAACUUCAGCGAUGAAGCUUCCUCCGUUGGUGACACGCUGGAUGAUGACGCCUUGACGACGAUACAGUCGGCGUGCAGGGGACAUCUGGCUCGAUGUAGUCUUGCACGAGAAAGGUCUGUGCCUUCUUUAAUGGAAAACAAUUUUCCCACGCUGGCACCAAGAGGAAGUGCAUUACCACACCCACCCAGCAAAAAAGCCCAGAGCGAGUCUGGUGACAUCGAUGAAGACGCCGCUUUCUAUUCUGAUGAUUCUGAUGACAUCAUCGUGUCUCCGUCACGCCCAUCGAGAAGCUGA